GUAGUAGUUCAUGGUGUAGCAGGGCACUGCAGGGCGUUACAUUUGAUUUGGCAUUGUUAGUGUCAGCAAUCAGAAGUUCAGAGCAUCAUUAAACAGAGAUUGAAGAAAAGAGGGUGAAAGCAACGGGAGAAGGACAGAAAAGGACGAUAGUUGGGAGAAGGACAGAAAAGGACGAUAGUUGGACGAAAUCCAAAGGAAAGUGGAAGAAACUAAAUGUGCAGGAAGGAGAAAAGAGGCAAUAAUAUCAAGACUUAGAUUUUGGACACACUGGUUAAAGAGCACACUGUUUAAAGGUUUUUGGUGAUUAAAAAUGUUCCAAAGGAUCAUCGGUCUGCUGCUGCUUCUCAUGGCUGCUUGUUCAGCUCAGAGCACAGCUCCUCGGCUGAGGUUGGUAAAUGGUAACACAUCAUGCAACGGUAGAUUGGAGAUCCUCCAUAACAACCAGUGGGGAACAGUGUGUGAUGAUUUCUGGGAUAUAAACGACGCCAAGGUGGUCUGCCGACAGCUGAGAUGUGGCCCCGUCCAUUCUGCAACUAGUUCUGCCUCCUUUGGACAAGGCACCGGACCGAUCUGGAUGGAUGAUGUUGCCUGUACAGGCAGCGAGUCUUUGUUAUCAGAAUGUCGACAUCGAGGGUUUGGCACUAAUAACUGUGGCCAUGGUGAAGAUGCUGGAGUCAUCUGUUCUGCUCCGAAAUCUCAACUGAGGUUGGUAAAUGGUAACACACCAUGCUCUGGUAGAGUGGAGAUCCUCCAUUACAACCAGUGGGGAACAGUGUGUGAUGAUGGUUGGGAUGUAAACGACGCCAAGGUGGUCUGCCAACAGCUGAGAUGUGGCCCCGUCCAGUCUGCAACUAGGUCUGCCUCCUUUGGACAAGGCACCGGACAGAUCUGGAUGGAUAAUGUUGCCUGUACAGGCAACGAGUCUUUUUUAUCAGAAUGUCGACAUCCAGGGUUUGGCACUCAUAACUGCAACCAUGGUGAAGAUGCUGGAGUCAUCUGUUCUGUUCCAAAAUCUCAGCUGAGGUUGGUAGAUGGUAACACACCAUGCUCUGGUAGAGUGGAGAUCCUCCAUUACAACCAGUGGGGAACAGUGUGUGAUGAUGGUUGGGAUGUAAACAACGCCGAGGUGGUCUGCCGACAGAUGAGAUGUGGCCCCGUUCAGUCUGCAACUAGGUCUGCCUCCUUUGGACAAGGCACCGGACAGAUCUGGAUGGAUAAUGUUGCCUGUAAAGGCAACGAGUCUUUUUUGUCAGAAUGUCGACAUCCAGGGUUUGGCACUCAUAACUGCAACCAUGGUGAAGAUGCUGGAGUCAUCUGUUCUGAUGAACUUAGACGGUUUCCCGAGCCGGAGUUGGCGUGUGGCCAGGAUCACCUGCGUCUGACAGUCCAGAAGAGGCUGUUGGAGGAAAGAGGGCUGAACGCCUCCUCCGCUCACAUGAUCGACCCGCGCUGCCACCAGCAGGUUGACCAGCAGGAGGAGAUGUGGUACCUGGUGCAGCGAAGGCAGGGUAUCUGUGGAAACGUGGUAGAGACAAAUGGCUCCCACAUUACGUACUCCAACAUUUUGUUUGUGUACCUGUCUGAUUGGUCCAACGAUUCGCUCUCCAUCCCGAUGAGCUUCCCGUUCUCCUGCGUCUUCCCGCUCGAUGAUGUCACCAGCCUCGGCGCCGCCAUUCGAUACCAGCUGCCAGUCGGCUUGGUGCGUUCAGGUGACCCCACCAGGGCGCGGAUGACUCUGUACGAGAUGCCGGACUACAGCGAGCCGUUCCCCGCUGGCCCGGUCAGCCUGCCGCUGGGCGCCGUCCUGCACGUCGGCGUCUCUGUGGAAAACUACGACAACAACCGCUUCGUGCUCCUUCUGGAGCACUGCUACGUCACAAACUCGUCCAGCGCCGACGAUCCUGCCAUAUACGACCUGAUCCAGAACAGGUGUCCAGUUGACCCUCGCCAUGUGAAGGUGGCGGAAAGCGGUGUGUCGCAGCGAGCUCGCUUCUCGGCGCUGCUCUUCCUCUACCACGAGACGUUUGAGGACGUUUAUCUGCACUGCCGGAUCAGCCUGUGUGACCGGGACAGCGCCCUGCAGCCCUAACUGUUCCAGGCGACGCGCUCGGUCCACCACCGCAGCCAAUCAGCUUCCAGUCACUGUUGGACCAAUCAGCUGGUCAUAACAAGAGUGCUGAGGCUGCAGAGGAAUCAACUUCCUGUUGCUGAGAACAGUUUGGGUAUUUUCUAAAACAGCUUUCUUGAUCGUCACACUGUCAGAAUGAUUGUUUUCCUUAAAUAAAAAAAGCAGAUUAAAC